CGUAACGAUUUACCUUCAGGUUUCCACGCUUUUGACAUAUUUGACAUUUUACUAUGUACUACCGUGACUACUACAGUAUACUACUUCAUUUGAAGUUGCUAUUAUGCCUCUCCCCUUUGACUCUUUCAUUCUUUCUCAAACUAUUACCAUGACACUCGAGCCACUCGGACUUGUAUUUAGAUGCGCGUGUAUGCUCUCGUACCCUCAUCGAAUUGACUGGUAUUUUUUAUCCAACGUGCACUCAGUAUCGCUCUAUUCGACUCUACUCAACUCUACCUCUCGCAAUCUAUUCCAUCCCUAUUCGCACUUGUUCGGUUCUUGUUACACUCAGUAGCAGCUCUACAAUGUUCAACAAGCCUUUCGAAAGUUUGAAGGCGUCAGCGCCCCUCCGUAGCUCUGACAGGCGCAAGCUUAAACAACGCGUCAUUCGAGCCUUUUCUCUCGAUCCAGAUGUCGGCGAGGACCUUGUCCCGGACGGCUUGCUGUCUGUGAAAUUCCGCACACAUAUUCAUGAGCGAGGUGUGGCUUAUUUAGGACCUAACGGAGAUCCUUUGUGGUUCACGCUUGGGAGAGACAGCGAAGACUUGAUUCCGACUGUAUAUGCAUUGUGGAAGAAGCCAGAUCUCCUCCCGUGUUUGUCUACACCAUCCGCAGUGAUCCCUGAUCUAGUUGGUACGGAUCUCGUGAUUCCUAGAGCCGUACGUCACGCACAAUCUCUUCAAGCUGCACAACUUGUCAGCAUUACGGGACAUAUUCGCGAUUCGACGCGUAUUGGGCCGCCACAUGCUGUUGGGCGCGUGGCGGUGAGUAGUGGAGCCUUGUCCGCGGCUGGCGCGAAGGGAAAGGCAGUGUUUAUCCUACAUGCCUGGAAUGACCAUCUAUUUGGUAUGGGACACAAGUGUAAUCCACCGGAUCCCGCAAAGAAUGAUGCAUCGAAAGAACCAUCGGUUGCUGCGCUGGGUUCUACGCAGUUAUACAAACCUACUCCAACAAUAAAACUCACGAAAGAAGACGUUUCAACUAUUCUGCAUGCUGCCCUUCUUCAGGCAAUCAAAAAUAUGUCCAGCAGCACCCAGACCUCCGUGUUCCCCAUGUCCGCUAGCACACUUUACUCGACUUACAUUCUACCCUCGCGGCCUGCCUCAUCACCGUCACAGCCAACCAUAUCUACACCCAUCGAUAUCAAGCAUUCCUCCCACAAGUCUCUUGCGUAUUUCCUCAAAUCAGCAGAGAAACAAGGCCUCUUGAAGCUUAAAGAAAUCAAAUCUGAGCUGAUGGUAUUUUCCGUGACUACAUCACACACAGAUGUUAUCGCACACAGACCAUACAUAUCGCUCAAGGAUGAGUUUCUCAGGAACAAGCAGCGUGAAGAAGAGAAACAGGCACAGGUCCAGAACCUUGAAAUAACGAAGCUUCAUAAACCUCACCUGCAAUCAUUGAAAUUCUUUUCUGAUGCUGGAUUCGAUACAUCAACCCUAUUCACCCACACGGAUAUCAAGGCCGUACUCGACAAGUACGUCCGCGAUCGUAGAUUGGUGAACGUGCGCGACCCAUCGUAUAUCAACGUUGGCGCGGAUGAGCUUCUGCGGACGACCAUCUGGACGGGUGGUCCAGCGAAAAUGGAGUUUCUCAAACGCGAUAAAGUGAUCGAGUACCUAUCACACAAGAUGCAGAAUUGGUACAAGAUACGUGCCGAAGGCAGGGAUCCAGUGUUUAAGGAGGGGCAGCUCGAACCAAUCCUGGUGGAAGUUAAAAUCGUACGAGGUCGUAGGGCUUGCACGCUCAUCACAGGCUUUGAGCCGUUUUUGUUUGAGGCGGUUGACCUUGCAAAGGAGUUGAGGACGAGAUGCGCGUCUUCCACUUCAGUUUCAUCUGCACCAGGGAAGUCGCCGGGGAUGAAAGUAUUCGUGCAAGGCAAGCAGAUCAAAGCGGUCACAGCCUUCCUUGCAUCGCGAGGCGUGCCCCAACGGUGGGUGCGGACAGUGGGCGGAGGAAAGAAAUAGACGGAGUAGGCGUGCUGGGCGAGUCUGAAUGGAGGGCUUACACAUGGCACGAUCAACGGUGAGAUAAAUGUAAACUUGCUUACCCACUAUCGCGUCACAAUGAUUAACGGACGUUGUUGAAUGUGCU